AUGACUGACAGAAUUUGCGGUUGCAACGUCGUCACAGCUGCUGGAGUCGUGACCAGCCUUCAGGUCGGCCCAAAUAAGGGCUUUGUCACUUGAGAAUUUCCAGUUGGUUGUUCUCGCGUUGACGCUGUCUAGCACCGGCCUGGUCUUGGACCGGUACCACUUUUGGGAGACGACCUACAGUCGCACAACUAUCAAUGCUACGGCUCAGACAAUCAAUGUCAGUUGUUCUCGAAAGUUAUAAAGGAAAAAAACAUGGAUUGUGCAGAACGGCAGUCUCCGUGCCGAGCCAAGUGUUUGGUCCUUGACAUGGGUCGAGCUCGGCAUGGCUUGGUGAUAAGCUUUAUUGAAAUUUUAACCAUCUUGAAAGUUUAGGUAUGUUGGAUUCGGCUCUUUCUGGCUGUUCACUAUACUGAUACUCGCUCUCUCAUUCAAAUAUUACCGACCAGUAUUCGUGGUUCCUAAUUUCACGGCUCUACUAGUUGGAUGUAUCAUGAACCUUAUUGGGUUCGGUGAGACUGAGGGGGAAAAUCUUUGGCAAAGCUUUUGGGUUGAGGAGUUUUCUUGGCGAGUGUCCUCGACGUCUCGAAGGACUACCGCGUGAAGGAGUACGAGGACGUGAUGGCCGUCUACAUAAUGGGACUGCUGCUUUUCGCCUUCCUGUGUUGCAUUUUCUUCAUGAUCUUCAUUUCCAAGUACCACUCUUUCCUACGAAUGCGCUACGGACAUCAAGUCCCAAAGGUGAUACUUUUUUUCUUUUGCAUUCAUUGAUGCAUAAUUUGAAUUGAAAAUUGAAACUUUAAUACCAAAUCUACCUGGUUCAUGACUUUUUUUUUUGGUGCGUCCCGACUCUGUGGUUCUUGGGUAUAAAAAGAGUUUUGAAAAAAAGGCAUCAUCUUUAUAUACAUAUAUUUUUUUAUGCAAACUAGUGUUUGUUCAACGAAAACCACUCUUUUUUUCUGCAGUUUGUAGUGUAUAUAUUUGUAAGAUAAAUAUAUACUCAAAGGAGUGUUAAAGAUCGUUCUACACUAUACAACAUAUAUAUAUAUAUAUAUAUAUAUAUAUAUAUAUAUAUAUAUAUAUAUAUAUAUAUAUGUAUAAGCAGGGGUGUGGGGACGGCAGUCCCCACCAUCGAGUUUGUAUGGAAAAAAAAAAUGAUAGACUCGUUUUAAAAGAAGACUUUCACUUCUUUCAACAUUGCUGAUUCAUGGAAUAAAUAAAGAGUUUACCAACUAUUUUGAGAAAAAAAAAAACUUUCAUUGCCAUUCUGGGGAAAACUCGAAAAAUGAAAAAGUUUCUGUGUGAAACUUUUUUGAAGGUUUAUGCAAACUAGUGUUUGUUCAACGAAAACCACUCUUUUCUGCAGUUUGUACAAUCGCGCGCAAGGACCGGAUACCACGACGAAGCUUACUGA